UCACAUGUUGUCAGCAUGAGACUGGUACUCCCUAACCCAGGACUAGAUCUCCGGAUCCCUGACUAUGAAGAGCUUGAUAGGUUAGAAAAGGAGAAAGCAGCGGACAGACCUCACUGGGACAACAAAGUCCAGUACAUACUAACUUGUGUGGGUUUCUGUAUUGGACUUGGUAAUGUCUGGCGGUUCCCCUAUUUGUGUCAAAGUCAUGGAGGAGGUGCCUUUCUGAUUCCCUACCUGAUCCUACUGGUACUGGAAGGAAUGCCUCUCCUGCUGUUGGAGUUUGCCAUUGGCCAGCGUCUCAGAAAAGGCGGAGUGGGGUUGUGGCGGUCCAUCAACCCCUACCUGACUGGUGUUGGUAUCGCCUCCAUGCUAGUGUCAUUUUUUGUUGGACUGUACUACAACACCAUAAUAGCCUGGAUCAUGUGGUAUCUCUUCAAUUCAUUCCAAGAACCCUUGCCAUGGACUCAGUGUCCUCUUAAUGACAAUAGCACAGAAUAUGUAACAGAGUGUCAGCAGAGCUCCACUGUGGAUUAUUACUUUUACAGAGUGACUAUGAACAGUUCUACCUCUAUAGCUGAGUCUGGAGGGCUCCACUGGCCAAUGGUGGUUUGUCUGUUGGCUGCCUGGACAGUUGUUGCUGUCUGCUGCAUAAGGGGAAUCAGCACUUCAGGCAAGGCAGUGUACAUCACAGCCAUCCUGCCUUAUAUAGUUCUGGCUAUCUUCCUGAUCCGAGGACUGACCCUUAAAGGCUCCCUGAGUGGAUUAAAAUUCCUCUUCACACCAGAUGUGAACGAGUUGAUUAAACCAACAACUUGGCUGGAUGCAGGCGCCCAGGUCUUUUACGCCUUUGGUUUGGCAUGGGGAGGCCUCAUCUCCUUCUCAAGCUACAACCCUGUUCACAACAACUGUAUGCAAGAUGCUGUGAUCUUGUCUGGCGUAACUGGUUUUACGUCAGUCUAUGCUGCUAUUGUAACCUACUCCAUCAUUGGUUUCAGAGCCACUGAGAAAUACGACACAUGCUUCAGUCAGAACAUCAUGGCAUUAUCAAAUGCAUUUGAUAUUCCCGAGGAUAGCAUCAAUGCAAGCAACUACGAUGCAGCCUUUUCUCAUCUGAACAGCACCUACCCUGAUGUGGUUCUUGGAUUGAACAUGGAAACAUGUGACAUGCAGAAGCUCCUGAGUGAGGGAGUGGAGGGAACAGGUCUGGCCUUUAUCGUCUUCACAGAGGCCAUCACCAAGAUGCCCGCUUCCCCGGUCUGGUCUGUCCUCUUUUUCAUCAUGCUUUUCUGCCUGGGCCUCUCAACUCUGUUUGGCAACAUUGAAGGAGUGGUGAUCCCCUUGAAAGACUUAAAAGUGUUUCCUAAAAAAUGGCCUCACGAAGCACUCACUGGGAUGACAUGCCUUGUUGCCUUCAUCAUCUGCCUCCUGUUUGCGCAAAAUUCAGGACUUUACUGGGUAGCUCUCUUUGAUAACUUUGCUGGUUCUGUCCCACUGCUGACCAUCGCAUUAUUUGAGAUGAUAGCUGUUGUUUACAUCUACGGCGUAGACAGGUUUAAUAAGGACAUAGAGUUCAUGACUGGACGUAAGCCGGGCAUCUUCUGGCAAGUUACGUGGAGGUUCAUCAGUCCUCUAAUUUGUUUGGUCAUCUUAGUUUUCUACCUGGUGACUCAAGCUCAAGAGAAGCUCACCUAUUUAGUCUGGGAUCCAAACUCUGAGGACUUUCCAGCUUUGGCAUCAGUCCCCUACCCCUCAUGGAUCUACGUGGUCAUCUUUGUUUUGGCAGGGGUCCCCAGCCUGGCAGUGCCUAUAUAUGCGUUAUGCCGACUGGUGUUUGUUUACUAUAAGCGAUAAACAUUUAAAGAGCAAAAAUUAGUCAACUGUUUAAAAGCCAUACUUCCCACAUGACUGCAGACUCCAAGAUCAUUUAAGUAGUAGUGAAAUACAGGGGCAUUUCCAGCCCUGAAGGACACCCUGGGCUGAGCCCAGACCAGAUGUAAAUUCAAAGAUCAGCCAGAUUUUUUUUUUUUUAAAUACAAUAAAAGGUGUUACAGUAGACAAUAGACAAUAGUACACAUAGAAGUUGACCAUAUAGUACCUAAAUUAUAUUUUAAUG